AUGUGCUUAACUAUUAGUUUAAUCAUUAUACUAUAUAUAUUCUAUCGUUUAUAUCAACAUUUUUUUCCAAAACCAAACAUUAAUCCUUAUGGAAAAUAUGUUCUCAUUAGUGGUUGUGAUAGUGGAUUCGGUAAUGGAUUAGCUAUUGAACUUGAUAAACAAGGUUUUAAUGUUUUUGCUGGUGUCCUCAUUUCUGAUAAUAUCGCUUUGCUCAAAAAUAAACUUUCAUCAAAAGCUACUGUCUUUUGUCUUGAUAUUACGAAACAAGAAGAUAUUGAUAGUGCAUUUGAAUUAGUUAACGAGAAAACAAACGUUCUUCAUGCACUUGUUAAUAAUGCUGGUAUUGGUAAAAGUGGUUAUAUCGAUUGGACAACAUUAGAAUUCAUGCAUAAUAUAAUGAAUGUUAACUUUUUUGGACAUGUUGCAAUGACAAAAAAGUUUUUACCAUUGUUAAUAGCUAAACGUGAUUCUCGUGUGAUUAAUAUUUCUUCAGUCAUGGGUUUAAUAAGUCUACCAGGCUUGUCAGCAUAUUGUGCUUCAAAAUAUGCAAUGGAAUCAUUUUCUGAUUGUCUUCGUCGUGAAAUGUCUCCAUGGGGUUUACGUGUUUCAAUUAUUGAACCAGGAUGGUUAAGAACACCAAUUAUUGAAGGACAAGAUCGUGCUAUACGAGAUUUAUGGAAUGGAUUAUCAUUAAAUAUUCGCAAUAGAUGGGGUGAUGAGUUUUUCAAUGCUUUAGUUGAAAAAGCAAUAACGAAAAGUCCAUUUAUUAAUAAUGCUGAAAAUCCAAUGAAAGUAGUACGAGCACUUCGACAUGCUGUUAUGAAUACUGAACCUCGUAUUCGAUAUCGUCCUGAUUGGCAAGCUAAACUUUUCUUUUAUCCUAUUUCUAUGCUUCCUGCUUGGUUGUUUGAUUUCAUGUCAUUAAAAAUAAUUAACCCAUCUAUUCUUCCUGUUGGUGUUAAAAAUCAGAUCCAAGCUUAG